GCAUAUGUAUAUAUGUAUCGUCUCUAUUGCUACUCACAUUCCGAGCGGUCGCUUUGCAAUUAAACAUACGUAGUUUGUUACAAAAUAAAAAUGGUAGUCAAAGCUGUUUGCGUUAUUAAUGGAGAUGCUAAGGGGACCGUUUAUUUUGAGCAGGAGAAAGAAGGCGCUCCUGUCAAAGUGACUGGCGAAGUAAACGGGCUGGAUAAGGGUCUGCACGGCUUCCAUGUGCACGAGUUUGGAGAUAAUACCAACGGCUGCAUGUCCGCUGGACCUCAUUUCAAUCCCCACAACAAGGAGCACGGCAGCCCUUGCGACGAGAACCGCCACCUGGGUGACUUGGGCAACAUUGAAGCCGCUGGCAACUCUGCUACCAAAGUCAACAUUACCGAUUGUCAGAUAACAUUGUUCGGAGCCAACAGCAUCAUUGGACGCACUAUAGUUGUUCAUGCUGAUCCCGAUGAUUUGGGCAAAGGUGGCCAUGAGCUGAGCAAGUCGACUGGAAAUGCUGGAGCACGUAUUGGAUGCGGAGUCAUUGGCAUUUGCAAGAUUUAAAGAAAAGGACUGUAACAAAUAUUCAUAGAUUCUAAUCCCAUAUACAUGCUAACCCAAAAUAAAACACAUAUCCAAUUGGUAUAUGCGUUAUAUAAAUAUAUUUUAGAUGGCAAAUCUAUCUGUUAAAUUGGACAUGGUUUAAUAAAUGGUGUUACAAGUCAUCAAUGCCAA